UCCGUGUGUGUGUGUGUGUGUGUGUGUGUGUGUAUGUGUGUGAGACGCCCAGGGUGUGGACCUCCUGGAGUCUCAGUGGUCACUGAGCCGCUGUGCCCACACGGUGGGCAGGGCUGCAUACCCAUGUGGAGUGCAGUGACCCAGCUGCCUGUGAGGGCCCUGGGCCUGGGGGUGUGGGUCUGGGGUCUCUACAUCCACCUGCUGUCCCUGGGGCUGUGGGCUGUCCUGCUGCUUCUCCAAAUGCCGUAUGUGUGUGCAGAGGAGGCCGGCAAGGCUCUGCUUUCAGCUGUUGGCUCUGUGGCCCUCAUGGCCCAGGUCUGUGGUGGUUACAUCUUCCUGCAGGGGGUGGCCUGGUCUGCCCAGCUGGCAGGGCGCUGGGUGGCGCUGCACAUGUGGCUCUGCAGCGUCUUGCUGGAGACCUUCAGGCGCAUCCUUUUGACCCUGCCUUAUGAGCAGGCCGCUGGGUGGCUGCUCUGGGCAGGGGUAUGGGCCAGCAGAGGCCUGGCGCAGAUGCAUGGUGUGGUGAGGUUGGUCCAGCUGUGUGCCCACACCCUCCUCCUGGGCAUGUCCCUGUGUUUGCACGUCUGCUUUGCCUCCAUCAGCUCGAAGGUCCGCGUGAGGGUCUCAAUGCCCUUCCGAGUCCAUGCCCCUCUCAGCCUGGGCUUCAGAGUGAGGCUGCAGCCUCAGAGGCUUGACCAGGCUGAGGGGGAGGUGGGAACACUCCGAGGGGGGCACAGGCCCCAGCUGCCCAGGGGCCUCGAGCCCAUCAGGAGGAGGGACGUGCUGCCAAGCAGGCGCCAGUUCUGUCCAGGUGGGUAAGUGAAGGGGCUGCUCUCUGCCCCUUGGGCCUGUCCCCAGCCUUGGGUGCCAGCACCUCCUCCCCGCAGCUAGGCCACUCUUGGAGCCUGCUUCUCCUCUUACCAGGCAGGAGGGCCCUCUCUCCUCUUGCACCAACAAGCUCUUGCAGCUGCCUCUCUCCUUCCAUCGCUGGGCUUGGGCCCCUCCUUCCUGGACUGAGCGGUCCCUAGGGAAGGCACAGGCAGGAGAACCUGGGCAGGGUCCAGGCCUUUCUCUCUGGCU